AUGACCAAUUUCGGGAUCGAGACUAACUUCCGGAUAGAUGAUGAGACCGUCGACAAGGUCGCAAAGGUCGACAGCCAGAAGGUCCAGAAGAACCAGGACAAGUCUGGCGAGACUGAGGCUAAGCCUGCCAAGGUUGAGAACAAGCAGCCCAAGGCUACCAAGGUCCAGAACAAGGAUGAGACCAAGAACACCAACGACAAGGACAACACCAACGAGGACAAGAACGUCAAGGCUGACAGCCCCAAGACCCUUGCUACAAAGGUCCGCAACAACGAGCACCAAGCCACCAAGGUCCAGGCCGUUGAGCACCAGGCUACCCAGGCUGAGGGUAAGAAGUCUGCUUGCAAGACCACCAAGGGCUCUGCUGCUCAGCCUAAGAUCACUCAGGCUUGA